GGGGAAGGUAAAUACCAAGCACAAAGAGGAAGUUGUUGUCAAGUGUCAGUAGCCCUUUCCAGCAUCAAACAUCCAGGAAAAUGACAGUAUUUUUCUCUUUUGAAGCCGUAGACGUUUAGAAAUAACUCUGGAGGAAGCCGUCGCCCUGUUGGAACUAUAUCUAGUUGUAAUGAUAAUUUCAUUUUCCUGGGCUAUUUACUUUAUAUUCGUGUCGAAGCCACUGUUUGGGAAGAACUAGCUAGCGUUAGCAAUGGGUCGAUGACACGGACUGCACUGAAGCAGAAGAGUUUGACUGAACGCCGCCUUCCUCCUCUCGCUCUUGAGGGACUGAGGAGGCAACAUGGAUUUCUCCAAAUUCCUGGACGAUGAUUUCGAUGUCAAAGACUGGGUGAACGGAGCCUUCAAGGUGGUGCAGAAGGACGCGCCGGGGAAGGCGGACACACACGCAGCUACACUGGUCAUGAAGCUACAGCUAUUCAUCCAGGAAGUCAACAAUGCCAUUGAGGAGAGCAGUAUCCAGGCCCUCCAAAACAUGCCUAGAGUGCUGCGAGAUGUGGAGGCUUUGAAACAGGAGGCUGCCUUCCUCAAGGAGCAGAUGGUUCUGGUCAAAGAGGACAUCAAGAAGUUUGAGCAAGACACUGUGCAGUCGAUGCAGGUCCUGGUGGAGAUAGAUCAAGUGAAGAGCCGCAUGCAUCUGGCAGCUGAUGCUCUGCAGGAGGCAGACAAGUGGAGCACACUGAGUGCAGAUAUUGAGGAGACCUUCAAAACACAGGACUUUGCUGUCAUUUCCUCCAAGCUGACCAGCAUGCAGAACAGCCUGGCCAUGUUGGUGGACACACCAGACUACUCUGAAAAGUGUGUCCACCUGGAGGCUCUGAAGAACAGACUGGAGGCCCUGGCCAGCCCACAAAUAGUCGCGACCUUUAAUUCCAUGUCUAUAGACCAAGCCAAGCUGUUUGUUAAAGUCUUUACAGAGAUCGAUCGAAUGCCUCAGCUCCUUGCCUACUACUACAAGUGUCACAAGGGCCAGUUGGUGAGCAUGUGGCAGGAUCUCUCCCAGAGCGAGCUCAGUUUGAAUCAGCAGCUUUCUGAAUUCUACGACACUUUAAUCUCUACGUGGCACUCUCAACUGCAGUGGAGCAGCCAGGUGUUCAAGAACCCGUACGAAGUGGUGACCGUGCUGCUGAUCCAAACUCUGGGAGCCAUGGUUCCUUCCAUCCCUGUGUGCCUGAGUACAGCCUUGGAGCGGGCGGCCCAAGAGCAGCGUCUCGACACCCUGCUGGAACUCCACCAAACCACGUCCACCUUCGGACACAGCCUGGAGGCCGCCAUGCUGCCGCACUUGGGUGAGAACAAUCUGCUGAAGGUGAAUGAGCUGGUCUGUGCGCUGUAUGACCCCUACAAACCUUAUCAGCUGCAGUAUGGAGAUCUGGAGGAAGCUCAUCUUCUCAUCCAGAUCAGUGCUGUACCUUUGGAACGCGGGGAGGUAAUUGAUUGCGUGGAAGAGUUGAGCCACUCUGUCGGUAAAUUGUUCGGCCUGGCCAGCGCCGCUGUGGACCGCUGUGUCAAACUGACUGAUGGCCUGGCCGUGUGUGGCCUCCUAAAAGCCCUCAAAGCCCUCUUCACCAAGUACAUGUCAGACUUUUCCAGAACGCUGCAGUCAAUCAGGAAGAAGUGUAAACUGGAGGAUACUCCAAGUUCAUCAGUUUUCCAGGAGGACUGGACAGCCUUCCAGAACUCUGUCAGGAUUAUUGCCACUUGUGGAGAACUGUUGAGACAAUGUGGAGCGUUUGAGCAGCAGCUGUCAAACAAGAUCCUGGGCACGGCGGGUAAGUACCUGUCAGAGUCGUACAGUCCACGCAGCCUGGCGGGCAUCCAGGAGACCAGCUCCACUGAGAGGAAGAGCGCCACCAAGAACCCCUGGCAGGAAUACAACUACCUUCAGAGGGGAAACAUGGCUGAAUACAACAGCCUGAUGGAGGUCCUCUACUCGCUAAAGGAGAAGGGGACAGGUAACUCCAGCCUGUUAGCAGAGCCCAGAUCUGCUCUGACCAGACUCAACCAGCAAGCCAACCAGCUGGCCUUCGACUCCGUCUUCCUGCAGAUCAAACACCAGCUCUGCCUUGUCUCCAAGAUGGAGAGAGAAGAGGCACCUGCUUUUGGAGAGCGCUACACAGAGGACCUGCCUACUUUCAGCCUGUCGCCGCAGGAAUACAUUACUAAUAUCGGGCAGUACCUGAUGUCUCUGCCUCUCCACUUGGAGCCAUUUGUGACUCAGGAGGACCCGGCACUCGAGUUGGCCCUACAUGCCGGGAAGCUGCCUUUCCCUCCAGAGCAAGGCGAUGACCUCCCAGAGCUGGACAACACAGCAGACUACUGGCUGGGCUCCAUCGCUCGGGCGACCAUGCAGACCUACUGCGACGCCAUCCUGCUCAUUCCCCAACUGAGCGUCCAUUCCACUAAACAGCUGGCCACAGACAUCGAUUAUCUGAGCAACGUGAUGGACGCUCUGGGCCUGCAGCCCUCCCGAUCCCUGCAGCACAUCGUCACCCUGCUGAGGGCCAAACCAGAAGACUACAGGCAGACCGCCAAGCUGCUGCCUCGUCGAGUGGCGUCCACCAUCGCCGCCGUGCGGGGCAUCGACUACUAACAGCGAGGAGAGAGGAACACCAGGGACUCACAGACAUGUUUGACCGGUUUCCAGCUCGUGAAGAAGAAUGUUAUAUAAUAGUUGGUUUACGUGUUACAGCCCUUUAAGUUUCAAGUUCGGGAGGCUACAGCAUUUUUAGGAUUAUUGUCCUGUCUAGAUGGGAUUCAGGGGAAUGUUCAGAGAUUGAAAAUCAGGGUGGUUUUUUUAUACUGAUUAAUGUUGAGUGUGACUUUGGAUGAGGCCUUCAAGUCUAGCCAAAAGACGACUGCACAUCGUUCAUUUUUGCAUUUAUGAGUUACAGAAGCAUUUAAGGGAAGUAACAAAAUGUACAUCACUUUAAAUCAUGUUAUUUGUUUAUUUGUCAUGCUAAUUCAUCUAUGAUAUUAAAUUAUAAUAAGGGUUUGAGCUGCGUCGUUUUCUGUUAAUUGAGCUUCACAUUCAGCAGUUGAUGUAAAGGUGAGGGUGGUGGUAGGCUGAACCGAUGGUUUGGAUACCUUCUGUUUUUCCAUGCAGUUUCAUGAAAGUCUGUACAUAAAACGUAAAACACUAAAACAGGGCCUGUCAUGUUACUUUCCAUUAAAGUACGUUUGUUCUUUAGAUGAACAAGUUUGUAAUGUAAUCUAGUUUAAUAAACGUACGGCCUUUUCCUUGAA